GGGGGCAUGGGGGUGAUUGAUGCCCGGUGAAGAGCGGUGAGACAUGGAGGUGGGCACGCAUGCUACUCCUUCAGCUUUCUUCGUUUUCCUAAUUGUGUCAAUAAACACCCUCCAGCUCCCCUCCUCUCGACGUGUCUUUACCCCAGUCAGUCAAGAGAGACCGGAUAACAAAAAAGUCAGACGACUCAAGAGUCAAAUAAAGGGGAUUCGCAUGAAGUAACUGGUCCGGAGUAGAUUAUCGAAAUAAAGUUAGGCGCACUUUCUUCAUAACUUCAUUUCUAAGUUUACCUUUUGCGUCCCACGCACGCACACGUCUUGCCUCUCUCUUGGAUUGAUAUUCUUACAUCAACGCUUGUUCUUCUCAUCUUCAAAGUAGACGGUCACCAUCUCUCUGUUGAUAUUUGAUUCCUUAUUGCGACGUGAACUGAUUCUGGAUUGAGCUUUCGUUCAUUUUUCCUGAACAUACAUUUAUUUGAUCUUCAAGGUAGACUUUUCCAGAGAACAUAAUCACAAUUUCUCAAGAUGAGCAGCCCUGAAAGUUUAGAGCUUCAUCACUCUCUAUCGGAAGGAAGCAGUCCCAGGACUCCAGGCAGCGACUCGGAUGAUUCCUCUAGCGAAUGCUCCCGGGAGGACCUUGCCAUUCUUCCAGGUCGUGUGGACCCGUCAGCCCUCGUGGUCGGGCACGAAGGAGCGGCCACACAGUUCUCGCCAUCGAUCAAGGAUGCGGUGUCGAGGGUGCUGAAUGGAUACGACUGGUCCGUGGUUGCCAUCCCGUCGAGGUCGGGACCGAACGGCAAGAGGAAGCCACACAUCAAGAGACCGAUGAACGCUUUCAUGGUUUGGGCUCAGGCCGCCAGGAAGAAACUUGGCAAUCAGUAUCCUCAGCUCCACAACGCAGAACUCAGCAAGACCCUGGGGAAACUUUGGAGGUUGCUGUCAGACAAGGAGAAGCAGCCCUUCAUCGAGGAGGCCGAGCGUCUUCGUCAACAACACAAGAAAGAUUACCCCGACUACAAGUACCAACCAAGGCGUCGCAAUAAGAAUGACAGCAGCAGCACCAAGAAGCCCUGUCCUCCAAACAACCGCCCCACCUUGGUUCCCUCUCCAGAUUCAUCCAACCAUGUCUCCACCAAGGCUCUUCUCAGUGCUAUGGUCGGGGAAGAAAUCACUGAAGCCAACAUGAAGGAGAGGACAGAGAAGCUAGGGAUGAUGAUGGGAGGGGCAGGUGGACAAGGGCCACCUACACCACCGACCACACCCAAGAACGACCUGGACUGCACACGCCCCAACAAAAGGCAGAAGUACUCCUUGAAAGUAAAGACAGAGAUGCCGGUCGAUUUCGCUGGCGUUGACGUCCGCGACUUCGGUGGUGACAUCAUGGGGAUGGAGGAGUUCUCGUCGGAGGAGCUGGACCAGUACAUCGUUCAGACCAUUGCUAGUGUGACUGCAUCGCAACCGAUGCCAUGCCAGCAGGGUAUGGUUAGGCAGACCUGUGCCAUGCCACCGUUCACAACCCACAGCUCCUACCCCAUGAGCAACGUCAACACCCAGAGUAGCAACGGCAGGCAAUGGAUGGGAGGUAGGCAUCACCCAAGCGGGGGCAACACCAGCCCUCUGCAAGCCACCGUUUUGGACAAUGUGAACUCUAAGUUGGAGCAUGAUAUGAUGUCACCUCCUCCCCAAUACCCCUCCUCCCAGCAACUCCAUCAGAUGCAAGCGUUCCACUUCGCCGCCAUGCAGCAAGCCCACGAACAACAGCAACCCUACGACUUCAGACAAGCGUCUCAAUGUGAGUACCCAGCCCAGCAACACUCCCCCCAGCAGCAAGCGCAAAUGGACUUCUACAAUGCUAACGCAGGGGCUACACCGGUCCAAAACAUGCCUCCUGCGUACCAAUACCCUCACACCUCCCCUCAGCGCUCACCAGCUUACGUAGACCUCACCGAACCUGCCACCACCAUGAUUCCCGAAUCCAGACCGUGGGACUCUUUCGCAGGUACAGUCAGAUCUUGAACAAACUUUAGAACUCUGUGGAUAGUCAGCACAAACAUUGAAAAAGUACAACCACAUCUCUUGACUCUAUACCCCCAUUUUGUUUGAAGAGUACUGAACAAACAUAACAUGUUUACAGGGCUCAAUUUUAAGUGAUAUGUGUGAUUUAUCUCUAGUGUUUCAGCCCAGGCAGGGUUGAUGACCUACUUAUUCAGUGAGGAAGUGGCUUUCGAAAAGACCAGCAGUCGUCCCAAGAUUGACAUUUCCAAUGACUGGAAACUUUAAACUUUCGGAGGCAAACCCAUUAAAACCCUACAAAUCACCCCACUAUCAAUCUGCGUUUCCAAGUGUAAACAGACAGUUCACCAGCCACUCAUGCAAAUGGCUUGUCUACGCCCAUCUUCUAUGCUCUCCAUUACAUUUGUUGCAAUUUUUUUAGACGUUAAUGCCUUGUUACAAUAUUUCAUUUUUAUGCUUUUAGUAUACAGAUUAUCUACAGGACCACACAUUAAAACAGUUUUUAUCGUACUUCCCAUAUUAGUUACAUAAAGUGUUAUUCUUAGCCAUAACAACCUUCUUUUCAAGUAGUUUUCAUUACAUCAAAAAGCUUCUCUAUCAAUCAUUCCAUGUCUGUACAUGUCUAUGCGAAGAUAUACUGUAGUUCAGUAUCUUCCCUCUGAAAUGUCAAAUGGACCAAAUUCUUCAACCAAUUAAAAGUUUUUGACCAAAGUUGUCUUCAUCACGAUGAUGGUGAAUUUCUGCAUGAAGUAUAUUAUUUCAAAAACUUGUGCCUUGAUACAUGCACCAAAGAACUUCCACUUUAGCCACUGUAUGCCUUUAUAAAUAGUGAAAUAACAAAUGAAUAUAUCAAAUUAUGUUAUAAUGAAUUUAACAGAUAUUCUCAAAACAAAACAAGUAGUAUUGUCUGUUUAAAGGAAAGUACUACUUGGAAAAAUACAAUAAGCAACUUUGGUCAUAUUGGUGUAUAACUUGCAUUUCUUUCAUUAUUGGCUAUUAGAUAUAAAAAGAAGUAGAGAUAUGGACAGCAGUAAUGGUAUUUUUUAAUGAAAUACUUAAGAAAUACGUAAAAAAGAAUAAUUUAAUAUUAAAGCUUUUGUUAAAGGCUAAGACUCUCUCCCCAAGGCAGCUGGGACACAUUAACCCAACAGGAGGUCAAAGUUCACAAGGUUUAGUUUAGUUGUUCCCUUUCCUGUAAUUUGUCUAGUGAGGGACCACACAACAAUAUUUCCUCAACCUCGAAAUAUAUGGCUCACCCUAAAUAUUGUUACAAAUCAGGAAGCAAUGACAGUUAGCAGAAUUAUGUUGAUUGAAUUGGGCUUUUAAUUCUAUUUUGUAAUUCUUGUCCCCCUCUUGCCCCCUUUUUUAUCACAGUAAUGUGGUAAAUGCAAUUUUGUUACAAGGAAAAGAAAAUAGUGAAGUCAAAUGAUGCAAUGGCUAGAAAUAUAUGUAUGGAUAUAUAACUGAAACUACUGCUUUGAUAACUUCCCACAAACUGUCAACAUGCUUAUUGUUCUGCUGCACGGGAACUAUACAUUCUGAUCUUUCAAACAGCCUUGGUACAUUUUCCAGAACUUUAUUAUUCUUAUAGUAAUCUGUUACUAUUUUACACAAAAUUUAAUCACCAGCAUCCCCCAAAUUACCAGAAAACUAAUACAUAAUGAUCACCUUAAUUACUUCUGAAAAUUAUACCAUUUUGAUAUAUAAAUAUGUUCUCGUCUAUUUCUUCCAGAGAGUAAUGAAAUGGGUUUUUUUGUACAGCUGUUAGAGAUUUUGUACAGUUUGUUAUUUAUUACAUAAAUAUUUUAAAGUAACAUUCCUUGUGCCAUUCCAAUUCUCUGUCAUCACAUAAUGCCUUGGUAAGAUCAUAAUGUAUUGUCCAUUUUGCAUUUUCUAUCUUGAAAAGUAGUACUCAAUUAUAAUAUGUGCCUUGAGUAUUUAAGUAUUUCUCUUUUAAGUAGAAUUGUAACAUUAUUCACUCGUAAUAGAAGUAAGUUAAUAUUAUAUCUGUCUUUCUGUAUAAAGCUACAGUUUGAUAAAUUUGUAUACAGACCCAUAGUUGAGGAUAUAAGGGGUUGGUGUUGAAUUGCUAAUAAAUGCCUUUUCAUAGUAAUUUAAUAACACAUUUUUUUAUAGUUCAUUUGAAUAGAUGAUGUACAUAUGAUAAAGUUGGUUUAUUUUAUAUAAAAAUAUUUAAGUGCCUUUUAUGUCUUCAUGUGUAAAUAGAAAAGUACUACGAUGUUAUUUAGGGGGUAUUAAAAGCUAUAUGAAUAAUUUGGGGGCAUCUCUUUAAAUUGUAUUCACAAAAUAAUUCAGUGGGUGGGUACAGGAUGUAUUCUCUGUUAUUGUAUUCAUCAAGAAAUUAUAUUGAAAAAAAAAGAUAACAUCUGAUGGUGACAAAAGUGCAAACAAAUGACAAUCUCUAAACUCUUUAUAUCAUUUCGAUAUAUCAAAGUCUUCAGGAUUUUGCAAAAAAAAUUCACAACUUUCUGUUCAAAAUAGAGUAUAGCUUUGUAUGAUUUUUUAUGUACAGAUGUAUUUUGCUGGAGUAUUUGUUGCUGUUUUGUACCUUUGAAAAUAAAAUAUUGAAAAUGAUAAAUAUGAAUU